AUUAUCCUUUUUUGUUUGUUUCUCUUUUUUUGAGGAUUUCUUGGUGAAUAGAAAUUUGAAAAGAACAGCAUUUAUUCAAAAUAUACAUCUUAAAAACUUUUACUGUCACUUUUGAUUAACUACAGGCAUCUUUGUUGCAUAAAAGUUUGAAUUUCUUAAAAUAAUCAUACAGUAUGUUCUUUUACACAAACUUGAAAUAGUUAAGUUCACGCUAAUUUUUUAAAUUCCAUAUUUAUAAUUAGUUUAUAUUAAUUUGUAUAAACCUUUUGAUCUGAAAUGUUUAUUUGACUUUAAAAUGCUACAUUAAUUGAAUUUAAAAAAGUAAACAGUACUAUGCGAAAAAUGUUAACAACCUUUACUGAGCUUGAAGAGUCAUUUCACACAGACUCGUGCCCCAGACAGCAAGCCUGCGUUUUUUGAUAAGUCAGUUCUUUCCUCUCACAUGAGAAUACUUCAGCGAAACAGCCCAACAUCCUUUGCCAGUUUCCUGUAACCAUAGAGAUACUGAGUUCAGCCAAUCCCCAGGCAAGACUGAGUGGAAUGUUUUCCUGAACUCUCUAUAAGUUUCCUUCCACGACAAACGCUCUCUCCCGCAUUUUUAGAGCGCAGCUCUCAGUCGUUACCCUCGCCGGGAAUACUUCCAUGGAAUUCUGUGGAAAAAUCCUGUUUUAAUUGAGCACCAGGAGUCGCCAUCAGGCCCUGAUCCAAUUCCUGGGAUUGCAAACCACGUUCUCCAGAACAGAUGUUCAGCAACGGUCCACUGCAUUCGCCUCUGCUGAGACACUUCCGAAAGCGGGCUUUCGCAGAAAUGCAAUAGAAGAACCAUUUUGAGGUCCCUUUUGUGAAAUGGUAAGGUUCCAAUAAAGAACCUUUAUUUUUUAGAAUGUGUGAUUGAGAAGCACGCAUCCGGAUCGAAGGGAGCUAUGCCCAAUGAAAGCACGGACAGAAAUGUGAUUGUUUUCCCCACUGUUCUUCUCAGGAAGCUAUCUUCUGUGAAUCAAUCUUCCAUGGGUUGUCGGACCUCAACUCUACCCCAUGUUUGCGGGGACUUUGAGCUCAGUUUGGCUGUGGUGUUCAUGGUUUUGGCUGGGAUUUUGAUCUUUGCAUUGCUGUACUGGGCGCUCCUGCUGCGCCACAAGCUUCGCGCCGCUCAGGCCGGGAAUGCUCUGGAAUACUUUGGUUUCUACCACAUGGCUCGGUAUGAUCUAAAAGAGCCCAACCUGUCUGUAGUGACCCCUUCUUUUUCCUCUCCACCUGUUCCUCAACCUCCUCUUCACGUCACUCCACCUCCACCACCACCGCCUAUGUUGUACAUGUCUCCCCCCAUCAUCCACACCACCCCACCCAGCCCUCACCCGUCAUGCGGAGCCAGCUCGGACGCAGAGGUGUAUUCGCGGAUCGGAGUGCUGCGACCUUCAAGACCCUCCAGUGUGAGUCAGACCCAGGUGAUCCUGUUUGAACACUCUGCUCUUUGACGGA